CGGCGCUCACGGCUGUGAGCGGUCGCUGUGCCUCGCCGUCCCCAGCCCGUACGAGAGCAGUGUCCGCAGGAGCCCCCGCGGCCCUGCGCCCUGGCCCACGGUCCCCACCAUGUCAACCUUGCUGGAGAUCAAGAGCAGCGUGCUCAGGCAGGUGCAGGUGUGCCCGUCCUUCCGCCGCAAGACAGAACAGGAGCCCGCAAGCACCAGUGCGGACCUGCAGGAGCCUGCCACAGGGGCCUGGAAACCUGGGGAUGGCGUGGAGUUCUUUGCCCACAUGCGUCUCAUCCUGAAGAAGGGGGAAGGCAGACAGGGCCUGCCGUGCCCUGAGGUCCUCUUACGCAGUGGCUCACCAGCCCCAGCUGAACCUGUGGACUCCAACCGUGGCCUGAGAGCCCUGACCCAGGAGGAGGUGGAGAUGCUGUAUGAGGAGGCCCUGUAUACAGUCCUCCACCGGGCGGGCACCAUGAGUCCUGACCAGGUGGAUGACGAAGAAGUCCUUCUGGCCUACCUUCAGCAGGUGUUUGGCACCAACCCAGAGCAGCAUGCUGAGGCCAUUGAGCGUGUGAAGAAGGCCAAGGCCCCCUCGUAUGCCCUGAAAGUUUCUGUCAUGCGUGCCAAGAACCUUCUGGCCAAAGACCCCAACGGCUUCAGCGACCCCUAUUGCAUGCUGGGCAUCUUGCCGGCCUCGGGCACCCCUCGGGAGCAGAGUGGGCAGAAGGAGCAGCGCUUCAGCUUUCGUAAGGGCAGCAAGCGCAGCGGCCCGCUGCCAGCCAAGUGCAUCCAGGUCACCGAGGUCAAGAGCAGCACUCUGAACCCCGUCUGGAAGGAGCACUUCCUGUUUGAGAUUGAGGAUGUCAGCACCGACCAGCUGCACUUGGACAUCUGGGACCACGAUGAUGAUGUGUCCCUGGCAGAAGCAUGCAGGAAGCUGAAUGAAGUAAUUGGCCUGAAGGGCAUGAGCAGGUACUUCAAGCAGAUUGUUAAGUCAGCCCGAGCGAAUGGCACGGCAGGGCCCACCGAGGACCACACGGAUGACUUCCUGGGGUGCCUCAACAUCCCAGUGCGGGAGGUGCCCGUGGCUGGAGCAGACCGCUGGUUCAAGCUGGAACCACGUUCCAGCGCCUCCCGUGUACAGGGGGAUUGUCACCUGGUCCUCAGGCUGAUCACCACACAGAGGGAUACCAUCAUGAGCCAGCGUGGGAGAUUCGGCUUCUUGUCCUACCUGUUGCUGCUCAGCCGUGUGCUGCGGUUCGAGCAUCGCGUGGAGGAGCCCAAUUCAAGCAGCUGGCAUGGCGAGCUCAGCGGGCCUGGGACCACCAUCCUCUGUCUGCACGGAGCCCAGAGCAACCUGUCCCCCUUGCAGCUGGCUGUACUGCACUGGCAAGUCAGCAGCCGCCACCAUCAGACCCGCACUCUCGACUACGGCUACCUUCUGGGGCUGCUGGAGGACAUGCAGGCACACUGGGAGGAGGCGCCCCUGCUACCCCAGGAGCAGGAGGAGAGUCUGGCCGACAGCUUCUCUGCUUUCUCUGAGUUCGGGCUGCGGCUGCUGCGCCAGCUCCGGGAUUACUUCCCUGCCACCAACAGCACAGCUGUCUACCGACUGGAGCUGCUGCUGAAGUGUCUGGACAAGCUGCAGCUCUUCCAGCCCUCCUUUGAGAUCUGCCCCUUUGAGACGGAGCUGAACAUGGACAUCGCUGCCGCCCUGAAGAGGGGCAACCGUGAGUGGUACGACAGGCUCCUGAGUGCCAAGAGUCCUCGAGAGCUGCCAGGACCACAGCGCCUGGCCGGGCUUGUCGAACUGGCAGACGUCAUCUAUGAGGACCUGCAGGCCUGCUAUGGCAUCUACGCCAGCCUUUUCCAUGGCAUCCUCAAGGUGGACUUCUUCACCCUUACUUUCCGGCAGCUGGAGCGUCUGGUGGCCGAGGAGGCAUGGGUGCUGACGGAGGAGCUGAGCCCUAAGAUGACCCUACAAGUGGCCUCGGGGCUCUUUGAGCUCUACCUGACCCUGGCUGACAUCCAGCACUUCUGGAGCUACAUCCCCGGCCGAGACAGUCGCUCCCUGGCGCUGGCCGGCAUCCACACCCCAUUCCUGCCUGCUGUGAAGCUCUGGCUGCAGGUGCUGCGGGACCAGUCCAAGUGGCGCCUUCAGGGAGCUGUGGAUGUGGACACGCUGGAGCCUGUGGAUGCCUCGUCCAGGCACAGCAGCUCUGCAGCUACUGCCAGCCUCUGCUUCAGCCACAUCCAGGAGCUCUGGGUCCGGCUGGCAUGGCCUGACCCUGCCCAGGCCCAGGGGCUGGGCACCCAGCUUAGCCAGGACCUGUGUGAGGCUGCCCUCUUCUACACUGAGCUGCUGCGGAAGAAGGUGGAUGCCCAGCCUGGGGCUGCUGGCGAGGCUGUGAGUGAGCCGCUCUGUGUGGUGCUCAACAACGUGGAGCUCCUGCGCAGGGCUUCAGGGCAGGCUCUGAGGGGCCUGGCAUGGCCCGAGGGGGCCUUGGGGCUGGACGGGGUGCUUCCCCGCCCCCUGCUCAGCUGCAUACAGGCCCUGGAGGAGGACCUGCAUCGGGAGGCCCACACUGUGACAGCACACCUGACCUCCAAGAUGGUGGCUGACAUUCGGAAGUACGUGCAACACAUCAGCCUCUCCCCUGACUCUAUUCAGAAUGAUGAGGCUGUGGCCCCACUCAUGAAGUACCUGGACGAGAAACUGGCCUUGCUGAAUGCCUCGCUGGUGAAGGAGAACCUGAGCAGGGUGCUGGAGGCCCUCUGGGAGCUGCUGCUGCAGGCCAUUCUGCAGGCGCUGGGCGCCAACAGUGAUGUCUCUGCGGACUUCUACGGGCGCUUCCACUUCACAUUGGAGGCUCUUGUCAGUUUUUUCCACGCUGAGGGCCAGGGCCUGCCCCUGGAGAGCCUGAGGGAUGGAAGCUACAAGAGGCUGGAGGAAGAGCUGCGUCUGCACAAGUGCUCCACCCGGGAAUGCAUUGAGCAGUUCUACCUGGACAAGCUCAAGCAGAGGUCGCUGGAGCAGAACCGGUUUGGCCGCCUGAGUGUCCGCUGCCAUUAUGAGGCAGCCGAGCAGCGGCUGGCCGUGGAGGUGCUGCAUGCCGCAGACCUGCUCCCCUUGGACGCCAAUGGCCUGAGCGACCCCUUCGUGAUCGUGGAACUGGGCCCACCUCAUCUCUUCCCACUGGUCCGCAGCCAGAGGACCCAGGUCAAGGCCCGGACACUGCACCCAGUGUUCGAUGAGCUCUUCCACUUUUCUGUGCCCGCAGAAGCAUGCCGCCACCGUGGGGCCUGUGUGCUGUUCACUGUCAUGGACCAUGACUGGCUGUCCACCAAUGACUUCGCUGGGGAGGCUGCCCUCAGCCUGGGCAGCGUCAGUGGCAUUGCGAGGCCCCAGGUGGGAGCGGGCUCGAGGGCUGGGCAGCCCAUCACCCUGCACCUGCGACGGCCCAGAGCCCAGGUGAGGUCAGCACUGAGGAUGCUGGAAGGUCGCACCAAUAAGGAGGCACAAGAGUUCGUCAAGAAGCUCAAGGAACUGGAGAAGUGCAUGGAGGCUGACCCCUGAACACUCCGCUGCCCCCCACAUGCCACAUUGUGCAGCCAGGCCUCACUGAGGCCCUCAACUGCCAUAGCUGACUCUAUAUGGCUUCCAUCUGCCCUGGCUAUGUCCCUGUGGUGUGUGCUAUGAACCCCUUGUGCCCCAGUACAUCCCACCCUGAACACAGGCCAACUUGGAAGGACUGGCCAGCAGCUACAUCCUGGAUGCAGAGAUCACAAUGGGCCUGGUCAUUAGGUGGGCAGCUCCCUAGGGAGGCAGGUAGCUGGUUUCAGCAGAACCUUGCUCCCCAUGGCCGUUAGGCAGUCUGGAGACACUCUAGGUAGUCAGAACUAGAAAAGACAUACUAGUAUGAGAGGGUGGGGGCCAGGGAUGCUGCUGAGUAUCCUCCAGUGCACUCACUGGUCAGCCCCCAAACAAAGAAUGGUCUGUCCCCAACUGGCAUGGUGGGCUAGGGUCCAGGCUGACCCUAGCCUGGAGGGUCCUCUCAGAGGAAGCUCUACCCUAUCUCUCCCAGAAAGAGUAAGGCCCCCACAGGUUGAGUCAAGUUUAAAGGACCCAAGCUUUGGAGGACAGUAGCUGCCAGGGCUGACAAGUAGAGGGUAGGGUGCCAGCCCUCACCCACAGAUGAACAGAGAAGUCUGUGGAAAAUCAUGUGGGGUUCCAGACCCCACCUGGCUACUGGGCCUGGCAGGAGGUAUAUGUCACCAGUGAUAGGAGGGUGACAGGGAAGUCGGGGGUUCUGCAUCAGCUGGUCAGCUGUCCUUCCCUGCAACACAUGCAUGACCACAUCACUUAUCCCAUGGCCCAGUCUCUCACAAGCAGUCCCCCAACCCCAGGCUAAGUGCAAAGAACCAGACUCACACCAGGGGCUACUUCUCAACCUGUAGUUUCA